AUGGCUCCUGGGGGUCGGGCCGGCUUCCGUGGAGGUUCAAGAGGCCGAGGAGGAACCAGGGGUGGUAAUGGCAGGGGAAGGGGCAGAGGUGGCAGAGGCGGCAGAGGCGGCAGAGGAGGUGCAUCUUACUCACGCGGGCCAAAGUUUGAAAGUACAAGAGUGGAAUACAGCGACUCGGAAGAUGAGUCUGAGCAGGGGGGGUCAGGUAGCGAGGAAGUCGACGAGGAUGUUGUUGAAGACGUCUCAGAAGAUGAGGCCGACAGCAAAGCAGCCGCUCGGCCUUAUAUGACCCUCAUCAAGAGCCUGACAGAUGAGGGCACUGCACCCCGGGCCAAGAGGAGAAAGCUGGUCCAUGAAACAGCGCAGCCCGAAGCCUCAAAGGACCAGCCCGAGGAUGAGAAGGCGAACGUCGACACGGAGCGACUUGAGGAUGUCGACUUUGUUGAGGAGCCUGAGGAGACACCGGAAGAGACUUUUGCCGAAGAUGCCUUUGACCAGGAUGACGAAGACGAGGUCGAGGACAGCUCGGAUCCCUUCCAAGGCCACUUCAGUGCCCCCGACGAUGAGACCGUAGCGAGAAGACUACAGGCGAUCGGAGAAUCAAAAUGGGCCACAAAGAAGGUAGCGGCAAAUGGCACGAGAACGGUGCUCAGCAUACCCGACACGGGCGACAGGAAGGAUGAGGUCUCGGCGCCAGCGCCAAUCUCAAGCGCCUCGGAUCUGCACCUGAAGCACAAGCUGGCUGAUUCCAUGAAGGAGAGGCGGAAGCUUGAUGGUCUCGAACAGUCUCUUGCACCGCACGUUUUUGGCUAUCGAGACUUGCUCUUCUGUCAGAGGUCACUCAACAACGGGAAGAGCGUACGGCGGCUGGCUUGUCUCCAUGCGCUCAACCACGUCUUCAAGACCCGAGACCGGGUGAUCAAGAACAAUGCCAAGAUAGCUCACCAAAAGGACGGGGAGGAACUCGAGCUUCGCGAUCAGGGCUUUACACGGCCAAAAGUCCUCAUGAUCCUCCCCACGCGGGAAUCAUGUUAUAAGAUGGUGGAGGUCAUGACGGCGCUCUGCCGGCCUGACACGCAGGAGAAUAAGAAGAGGUUCGAGGAUUCAUACCAUGACAAGGAUGAUCGGUUCUCGGGCGAGAAGUCGGCGGACUUCCGGGAGCUCUUCGCGGGCAAUGAUGAUGACAUGUUCCGCAUUGGCAUCAAAUUCACCCGCAAGACGAUCAAAUUCUUCGCACAGUUCUACAACUCGGACAUCCUAUUUGCCAGCCCGCUAGGUCUGAGGAUGGCCAUUGGCUCCGAGGAUGGCAAGAAGGUCGAGCACGACUUCUUGUCAUCUAUCGAGGUGGUGAUCAUGGACCAGGCCGACUCCCUCCUGAUGCAGAACUGGGAGCACGUGGAGUACAUCUUCGAGCACCUCAACCUGCAGCCCAAGGAUGACCAUGGGUUCGACGUGAGCCGAGUGCGCAGCUGGUACUUUGAUAACCAGGCGCGCAACUUCCGCCAGACACUUAUCUUCUCGCAGUUCAACACGCCGGAGCUGUCCAAGCUGUUCCGGGUGCACUGCCAAAACUGGGCGGGCAAGACACGCGUCGAGCCCGAGCACACGGGCGUUAUCGGAGAGCUGGGCGUCAAGGCGAAACAGACUUUCUCCCGCAUCGAUCCGCCCUCCGUUGGCAGCGAACCUGAGGCGCGCUUCGACUACUUCACCAAGGCCAUCGUGCCAACGCUCGUCAAGCGAGCCAAGGACGCCACCGGCACCCUCAUUUUCAUCCCGUCUUACCUGGACUUUGUACGCGUGCGCAACUACUUUGCGACGAACCAAGCGGUGGAGAGCCUGACAUUCGGGGCCAUCUCCGAGUAUGCUACAGUUCCCGAGGCAUCACGGGCGCGGUCACACUUCUUUGCUGGCCGGCUCAAGGUGCUUCUCUACACAGAGAGGGCGCAUCACUUCCGGCGUUACCUGCUCAAGGGCGUGCGACGGGUCAUUAUGUACGGCCUUCCAGACAACCCGCUCUUCUACAAGGAGAUCACCGGGUCCCACCUGGCCAGGGCGGAGCAGGACCUGGUGAUCGAGGCUGGGCAAGGCAGUGUGCGGGUCAUGUUCUCCAAGUAUGAUGUACUCAAGCUGGAGAGGAUCGUUGGGUCGCAGAGGGUCGGCAAGAUGAUCCGGGAGAGGGGUGACACGUUUGACUUUGUUUGA